AGACAGACAGUGACUGACUGACCGACUGUCCCAGCUGGAGGACAGCAGCACAGCAUCCAUCACAACAAGCAGUGAGAUAAAAAUCAAAGAAUACUAAUUCUGGGCAAGGUUUCCUGAAGAAAAAUGAUUUCCUGGACACGGUUCCAUUUGAAAUUGACUUUCAAGUGGAGAAAGGCAUUCUUGGGAUCAUUUCUACUCCUGGUGCUUUCUACCAAGUUGGUGUCCUCGACCGAUGAAGGAAGAAAAGCUUUGCAAAUAAUGGAGCAAGCACCUUUGAUUGAUGGCCACAAUGAUUUGCCUCUGCAGCUGAGAAGAUUGUACAAAGGCGUGAAUAAGGCCAAUUUGUAUAAUAUGACAGGAACAUGCACAAAUAUUGAAAAACUGAAGAAAGGAAAAGUGGGAGCCCAGUUCUGGUCUGUAUACGUAAUGUGUGUGUCUCAAAACAAGGAUGCUGUACGUUUGACACUGGAACAGAUAGAUAUCAUCAAGCGCAUGUGCAAAGCGUAUCCAGACUUUGAGUUUGUCACAUCAUCAGAUGGCAUUAAAACAACUCAAAAGAUAGCCUGUCUUAUUGGUAUUGAAGGUGGAUUCUCUAUUGACAGCAGUUUGGCAGCGCUAAGGAUGUUUUAUGAACUUGGAGUGCGCUAUAUGUCCUUGACACACAACUGCAACACUCCAUGGGCUAAGAGUGCUGUGAGGGAGCCCAAUAAUGAAUACCCAUUAAUUACUAAUUUAACGGAUUUUGGCAAGGAAAUAGUGCAGGAGAUGAACCGACUUGGAAUGAUGAUAGAUCUAUCACAUGCUUCUUUGGAGACGGCAGAAACUGUACUUUCCAUUUCCAAGGCACCAGUGAUAUUCAGCCAUUCCUCUGCCUCUGCCAUCUGCAACCACCCGAGGAAUGUUCCUGAUAAAGUCCUUAAAAUAAUUAAAGAGAAAAAUGGUAUAAUAAUGGUGAAUUUUGCCUCUAUGUUAGUGACCAAGGCUGAUGUUCCUACUAAUGUUAUCAAUGUUGCAGAUCAUUUCGACCACAUUAAAAAGACUAUUGGAUAUGAAUCGAUUGGAAUAGGUGCUGACUUUGAUGGUGCACGGAGGUAUCCCAAAGGCCUUGAGGAUGUGUCAAAAUAUCCUGCAUUGAUUGAGGAACUACUGAGGCGCAAGUGGACAGAGAAAGAAAUAAAAGCUGUAUUACGAAAUAACUUCCUUCGUGUUUUUCAGAAAGUGGAAGAGGUGAGGGAUACAUUGCAGGAUGUACAACCCAGUGAGGUGGAGAUCGCUUUUGAGAAUGUUAAUCACGACUGUCACCUAGACCUCAAGAAAAUCGCCAGGACAAUGUCAAACGUACUAAAUUCACAAAGCCGGAUAACAGCUCCUAAUCUUACUAUUUUGUGCACAGUUAUUAUUAUACCAUAUCUGUACAUUUUAACUGGAUAGUGAAUCCAGUGUAAGAUUCUGUAUCUGCAAAGCUGAUUGAAAGAAGACAUGUAAGAAAAUGAAGAAAACCCCACAACAAAUUGGUAGUUAGAAAAAUAGAAUUUACAAAUCACGACAGAAUUAUUAGCAAGAUUGUUAAACAUUUUGAAAUAAAUUUUCACAGAACUACGGCUCCGCCACUGCC